AUGUAUCUUCAGUUGGAUCGAGGCCUUAUCGGUUUCGUUGACUUAUCCUACGGAAACAGAACUUAUAGUCGCUCACAGCAGCGUGAGGUGUCGAAGUCAUCGACAUGUGCCGAAUUCAAAGAACUGUCAGACGCCAUAGAUGAAGGCAUGUGGCUUCGAAAGCUAGCCUCAGAGCUCAAUCUCAUGAAAAGCGAUGAUAAGAUUGUGUUGAACACCGACAGUGACAACGCCAAACUCAUUAUCUCAGGCGUAGGAUACAAACCGUCCGUGAAGACGGUCAGACUUGCCUAUUUCAACACCAGAGAGGCCGUUAUUAACGGCGACGUUGAACUGGUAUUGAUUGCAAGCACAGACAAUACUGCGGACGGGCUUACCAAACCUCUUCCUUCUACAACAUUUGACCGCUUCCUCGACAAGCUCCACCUUGCAUGA